UUCUGGUCGCACCCUCCUCCGGCCCUCCCAGCCGCCAAGCCCUCUGGAACCUUCGAGAGCUCGAUCGGAUCGGAGCCCCUGCCAUGGCCGACGAGGCGAAGGCGAAGGGUAAUGCGGCGUUCUCAGCCGGCCGCUUCGAGGAGGCGGCGAGGCACUUCACGGACGCCAUCGCGCUCGCCCCGGGCAACCACGUCCUCUACUCCAACCGGUCGGCGGCGCUCGCCUCACUCCACCGCUACUCCGACGCUCUCGCCGACGCGCAGAAGACCGUCGAGCUCAAGCCUGACUGGGCCAAGGGCUACUCCCGCCUCGGCGCGGCGCACCUCGGCCUCGGCGACGCCGCCAGCGCCGUCGCCGCAUACGAGAAGGGCCUUGCGCUCGACCCCAGCAACGAAGGUCUCAAGGCGGGGCUCGAGGACGCCAAGAAGGCCGCCGCCGCCCCGCCGCGUCGCGGGCCGUCCGGCCCCGACGCCAUCGGCCAGAUGUUCCAGGGCCCCGAGCUGUGGAGCAAGAUCGCGUCCGACCCCACCACACGCGCCUACCUUAACGAGCCCGACUUUAUGCAGAUGCUGCGCGAAGUGCAGAGGAACCCCAGCAGCAUCAGCAUGUACCUCUCCGAUCCCCGCAUGAUGCAGGUGCUCAGCCUCAUGCUUAAUGUCAAGAUCCAGAGACCCGAGGCCUCCGAGCCAUCGCAGUCUACCCCACCGCCGCCGCCGCCGCAGCAGCAGCAGACAUCUCCUCUUCAGACGAAAGCCAGAGAGGUGGAGCCGGAGCCCGAGCCAGAGCCGAUGGAUUUCACUGAUGAGGAAAAGGAGCGCAAGGAGAGGAAAGCUGCUGCUCAGAAGGAGAAGGAGUUAGGUAACACAGCUUACAAGAAGAAGGACUUCGAGGCGGCGAUCCAGCAUUACACCAAAGCCUUGGAACAUGACGACGAGGAUAUUUCUUAUUUGACUAACCGGGCAGCAGUUUAUAUUGAAAUGGGAAAGUACGAUGAAUGCAUCAAGGACUGUGAUAAGGCUGUGGAGAGGGGAAGAGAACUUCGUGCUGAUUUCAAGAUGAUCUCAAGGGCACUGACAAGAAAAGGAACAGCUCUAGUCAAGCUUGCUAAGACCUCUAAGGAUUUUGAUAUUGCCAUCGAGACCUACCAGAAGGCUCUAACUGAGCAUCGGAACCCAGACACUCUUAAAAAGUUGAAUGAGGCUGAGAGAGCGAAAAAAGAGUUGGAGCAACAAGAGUACUAUGAUCCAAAAUUAGCAGAUGAGGAGAGAGAGAAAGGCAACGAGUUCUUCAAGGAGCAAAAAUACCCAGAAGCAAUAAAACACUACACGGAGGCUCUCAAGAGAAACCCAAAGGAUCCUAGGGUUUACAGCAAUAGGGCUGCCUGCUACACCAAGUUAGGAGCCAUGCCUGAAGGUCUUAAAGAUGCAGAGAAGUGUCUUGAACUAGACCCCACCUUCACUAAAGGGUACACAAGGAAAGGUGCAAUUCAAUUCUUCAUGAAAGAAUAUGACAAGGCCAUGGAAACCUAUCAGGCUGGCCUGAAGCAUGACCCGAAAAACCAGGAACUGCUUGAUGGUGUUAGGAGGUGCAUUGAACAAAUUAACAAGGCUAACAGAGGUGAAAUAAGUCAGGAUGAAUUGCAAGAAAGACAGAACAAAGCUAUGCAAGACCCAGAGAUCCAGAACAUUCUUACCGACCCUAUCAUGAGACAGGUGCUAAAUGAUUUCCAGGAGAACCCAAGGGCGGCCCAGGAGCACCUGAAGAACCCUGGAGUUAUGCAAAAGAUUCAGAAGCUUGUAAGUGCUGGGAUAGUCCAAAUGAGAUGAUCAGGCACACGAUGCGAUUGUACCUGCUUGUUCGUCCCUUGUGCUUGGCUUUGUUAGUUAACGUGCCCUUUAACAAGCAGCGACGGCAAAAGAAUGAGGGGCUAAUCUUUUUUCCCAAUUGGAUUGUAAGUGCAGUUAACAUUGGAUUAUUCAUGUUUGUGGCAGAGUCUGAGUAUAGGCGCCGUCUUGCUUUAUUGAUGCUGGACUUUGCGUGCUUGUGGGUGGGGGUUGGUUCCCUAGCUAAAGUUUAGUUCAUGUCCCAUUAAAUAUUUGAAUAUAAUAUAUAUUUAAUUAGGUUUCAUAAAA